CCAAUUUUCGAUUGGCUCUACCAGCUAAUGCGAGGGUUGAUUGGUGCAGAGUGCCGUUUGUCACCUGAGGCGUGCGGUGAGAGUUUACAAAGUUCAAGCUCGGCGACUUCAUCGUCUGAAGGUUGGUCACAACAUAGGCGGUGGUUACCGGGCCCAAUCCGUGAGAACUGCGUCCCUCCCGUACAUAUCUGGCAGUAAACGACUGGUAUCGAGAAAUGACUGCCUGUGGGACUGGGGAGGGAUUCGGAACGGUGACCUGGUGGGGGUUCAGCCCAGCAAUGGAUUUUCAAAAAAAAGGCUUAUCUGUGUCAAUGAAAGCACUGUGCACAGAUGAAGAUAAUGUCCCUGAACUGCAUAUUCUCAUGGUUGGUGCUGGUGACAGCCGGCAUCUUUUAACAACUAUCUGCCAGGCUCACCGUUGGCCACGGAGCAAGCUUCAUUUCUACAUUGUGGAGAAUAACUUGGAGUUGAUAGGCCGACACCUCCUUUUUCUCACAGUUGCUCUGGAGCCCCCAAGCUCCAUGGGUUUACAAGAAAAGACUGAACUCUUGCUUGAAUUGUUUGGUAAUAGUCUGAUACGGAGCCAAUCUGCAAAUUAUCUGCAGGAGAAUGCUAACAAUUUCAUCCACUACAUCACGGAUCUUGAUUACCUUCAUAAGAAACUGCCGAUGGUUGACAUGGGGAGUCUAAAGUUUAAAGAGAGAGACCAGUUAGAAGCUAUUUUUAAAUUCUGGAGGAAUCCGGAUCCAAAGGUGUUUCAGAUCAAUAAGUUGUGGGAUUUACGAAACAGGCAAUACCUGGGCAAUCGAUAUGAUUCUAAGCAAGGAGCCUAUGACUGGGAUUUGCAUAUGAAGCUGUACGAUAGAGGAGCUCAUGUAAUAAACAACCGGCAAUAUUACCAAUGGAGAGAUAAAGGCUUGGCAUUUGAGAUCCGUGAGGGGUUAUAUGAUGUUCCUAACAAAUCGCUGGCUUCAGGGCUGCUCAUGAAUUAUGGAGAGAAAAUUCCUGCCCGUGGUUACUGGGGAGAUAUCGUCACUAGUCCAUACAUUGCAUUUGGAAUUAUCAGUGAGGAAGAAUCUCUUCUAAAGAAAGCAAAUGGCAUCCAUGUUAAGACAGCACAAGAUAUCUCUGAGUAUAACGUAACAGCCUUGUUCCAUGAGCUGGUUACUGGGGAGAGAUAUGUACUGAGGCCAUCAGUGGAAGAGGCCACCUUGAGUGAGAUGACAGAAGAAGAUGAAGAUGAAGAUGAGAUUCUGAAAGAGGAUUCUCAUAUAAAGAACAAACCAACUGACAAAAGUGAACAGCCAGAGAUUGUGCUAGAGAAACAAGCAGUGAAACAUUGCCAUGAGAUGGGCAACAUGGGGCCUGAUGGAAACCACAGUACAGCUGAAUGUGAUACAGUUCACAGAGAAAAAGGGGAAGAUUACCUUUCACUACCUGAUGUAAAAAUUCAUUUCCUACCAUUAAACUGUGUGACAGAGCUUCAUAACAGGAGCAAUUACAGAAACCUAUUUAAUGUGAUCUACUUCUCCUGCAGUAUGGUUCACCAGUUAACACCAGAGUUGAAGCAGAUUGCUGCACCUCAGGCAACGCUAAUUGUGGAAUUAACAAAGUUUAUGUUAGAUCUGCGGAAUGAAACAAUAACCAAGUUUGCCAGCCGAGCAGCUGAAUUAGCGAAGGAGGCUGGUUUUGUGCCUUUUGGGAGCAUGGAUGGUGAGAAAGACUCAUUUGCACGUUUUGAACUUAAAGAUGGCCCAUAAAUCUGACCAUCUAGUGUGAGAUAGCCAUGAAAUACAGAAAAUGAAAGAAAAGACAUUAACUCCCCACCCCUCACUGGCACAAAAAUGAAAAGAAAUAAAACUCGCAGACCCCAAAAGCCCCCCUCACCAGCAACAAAUAGCCACAAUAACAAUCAACAACCCCCUACACAUAACAAUCCCCGACCCCUCACUCGCAGAAAAGAACAGUAACAGUAGAAUCACACACCCAACCCUACCUCUUACACACUAAAAAUUAACAGAUCACCCACCUGCCAAUUGUCCACAAGAAAGAAAACACUGAAAAACUGAAGGAAAUCAAUAUAAAGUAAUCACAUAACCCUCAGAAUUUGGGAAAGGUAUUUUCACCUGCACUCAGUUCUUCCGUAAAGAGUAACCGCCAACCUGGAUCCGAAUGCUGCCAAUCUGGGUCGAACGUGCCAAUCCGAUUGCUGACCAUCUCUGUUGGAGCCAUCACUGACCCCUCUGUAUUCACCUCAAUGCUUCAAUCUUUCUCACCGCUCCGAGAUGGAGUUGUUCCUGACCCCACACCUUGUCUCUGGUCUUUUCCAUGAGUUAGCUUGUGUUCUCAGACUUUUUCGGCCCCCCCAUCUCUGAUCUCCACAAGGCACUUAUCCGGACACAGCAGAGCGCUGGAUCCUUUGAUCGAGUUCCAAACUGUACGUCACAGAUUCCAACAGUUUCCAUAACACAAACAAGACAAAAAGAACGAGCAGAAGGUGUAGAAAAAAUGUAAUAAUUGGAAAAAUUUGCUAUCUGGAAGAUGUCACCUGAGGAGUCGUUGUUCACUGGUUCCAUCUUCACCGGAAUAUUCCAACGAACAGAUUAAUUGAAUAGACCUAAGAUAUCAAGCAUCUUUGGUGACCAAUACUAGUUAUCCGAACAACACACAUAAA